UCUCUCUCUCUCUUACUUUCUUUUCUCUCUCUGACAGUUCUUUUUGUUUUCUUGUCUCUCCCUUCGAGUCUCGAUGCGAAGAAUCGAGCAACUCUGUCUCUCUUUCUAAACGUUGUCUUGUAUCCAGAACACAGCCAGAAUCCGAACGAGCUACUUGAACGCCUGUUUCUAACUACCUAAAGAUGAUCUUACCUUUGGCGUUAGCGUUAGCGUUUGCGGCGGCGAUAACCGCGUCCGCGUCGCCGCUUCACUCAACGUUUGCAAAUCACGAACCUUUCCCCGCCAAGAUUCUACCUUUACAAAGGGCUUUUCCUCUAGACGAGCCAGUUGAGCUAAGCGAGCUAAGAGCGCGUGACAGUGUUAGACACGCGCGAAUCUUACUAGGCAGAGGCGGGCGUCAGAGCUCAAUCGGCGGCGUGGUGGACUUCCCAGUUCAAGGCUCUUCCGAUCCUUUCCUCGUCGGCUCCAAGACAACUAUGCUUUAUUUCACAAAGGUGAAAUUGGGUUCUCCUCCUACAGAGUUCAAUGUUCAGAUUGAUACUGGAAGUGACAUUUUGUGGGUAACUUGUGGCUCUUGCACUAACUGUCCUCGCUCCAGUGGACUUGGUAUUGAGCUUCAUUUCUUUGACGCUCCUGGCUCCUUGACUUCUGCCUCUCUUACUUGUUCGGAUCCGAUUUGUUCUUCAGCUUUUCAGACAACAGCUGCACAGUGUUCUGAGAGUAACCAGUGUGGUUACUCUUUUCGUUAUGGUGAUGGAAGUGGGACUUCUGGUUACUACAUGACUGACACGUUUUAUUUUGAUGCUAUUUUGGGGGAGUCUUUGGUUGCUAACUCUUCUGCUCCCAUUGUUUUCGGAUGUAGUACCUACCAAUCUGGGGACUUGACAAAGUCAGAUAAAGCAGUGGAUGGUAUAUUUGGUUUUGGCAAGGGGAAGUUGUCUGUUGUUUCUCAGCUGUCUUCACGAGGGAUUACACCUCCUGUGUUUUCUCAUUGCUUGAAAGGAGAUGGUAGUGGAGGAGGGGUCUUUGUACUUGGUGAGAUAUUGGUACCAGGAAUGGUUUACAGUCCUCUUGUACCUUCACAGCCUCACUAUAACUUAAAUCUCCUGAGCAUUAGCGUGAAUGGACAGAUACUGCCAAUUGAUGCGGUGGCGUUUGAAACAUCGAACACACGUGGUACUAUUGUUGACACGGGAACCACUUUGACAUAUCUGGUGAAAGAGGCUUAUGAUCCCUUUCUCAGUGCUAUAUCAAACAGCGUGUCCCAGUUGGUGUCACCGAUCAUGUCUAAUGGAGAGCAGUGCUAUUUGGUCUCGACAAGCAUUAAUGACAUGUUUCCUCCGGUUAGUCUAAAUUUUGCUGGUGGUGCAUCAAUGAUGUUAAGACCUCAGGACUACUUAUUUCAUUAUGGUUUCUAUGAUGGUUCGUCCAUGUGGUGUAUUGGAUUUUCGAAAGCUCUUGAAGAACAAAACAUUUUAGGAGAUCUUGUCCUCAAAGAUAAAGUCUUUGUGUAUGAUCUUGCUAAGCAACGGAUUGGAUGGGCAAACUAUGAUUGUUCGAUGUCUGUGAAUGUAUCAGUAACUUCAGGAAAGGAUAUAGUAAACUCAGGGCAACCAUGCUUAAUCAUCUCAAGAAAGGACAUGCUAUUAAAACUGUUCUCUAGCGUCCUGUUGGCUCUACUUCUUUAUACUUUCUUCUCGUUGACUUAAAUCUUUAGAGUUUUUUGUGGUUUUGUUUUAGAGUAGUGCAGGUAAUUCUUUUGGCCAUUCACACGUUUUCUCUGUUGUAGUUAAGUCGUGUUUUUUUAAUUGUAGAUAGCUCUACUUUCUGUAAAACCUUGGUUUAUUUUAUUUUCAUGUUUAAUAUAUAUAUAGGCUUUUUAUGUCAGUUCUUGGAUAACUUUGCAUAAAUCAAUUUUCAUGACACUUAAACAGACUGUUUCAUUUACACGCUAGAACAGGAUCUUCUUGAAUGAAUCAUUUGUUCAUCCUCAGGCUCCACCGUCAAAGAGUGUCUUCCAAAACAUCUUUCCUCCAACUUUGUUGAUCUUCCCUUCUCGUUUCCUUCAACCCAUCUCUUUAGCUUCUUCAUCAACCUCUUCCUCCUUGAAGUCUCAUGAUGAUGCUCAUUAUGAUCACCAUCAUCAUCAUGAUGGUUACUCUCUUCAUGAUGCUCAUGAUCAGCUACUACUGUCAAUGCAAGAGCAUCUGCUUGUUCUUCCAUUUCCAAGUAUUCUUGCAAGUUUCUACUUGGAGAAAGUGGUACUUCCUCAUAAUUGGUUUCAUUGCUCAUCACCUUGUGUCUCAGACAAGCAUUUCUCCAUCUCAGGCUAAUCACUUCCUUCACUCCAUUAGCAUAAUCCUUCUUCAAAUCCUCAUACUCUGUUAGCACCCUUCUAUAAUCUUCUUCACUCACCAUCUUCACAAAACCCAAAAAAAAAAAAAAGCCAAUCAAUAUAAAAGAAAAAGGAUUUGGAUCUUACAAAAAUCAAUACUUACCUCUGAUGACUUCAUGGACAACACAUCAACCCUAGCUUUCAGAUCUUUCACUUCCCCUUCAAGUUCCUUCACAACACUAUUCUUCAUCUCUAAUUCAUCAAUACACUUUAAUAACUCUUUCUCCACGGCAAUGCUUCUCCUAUUCUUCUCGUUUACAACACGGUAUAAUUGCUUCACUCCUCUCCUAAGUCUUUUUGCUUGCUCCUCAAGAAACCAAUUCUCUGAUCUCAGCUCGUGAAUCUCUCCCACCAGUUUGAGAAACACAAUCACCAAAUCUUGUCCCCUCUUGUGUUCUUCCUCCAUUGAAAAAAGCUCUCUACGGAGGAAAUCUAAUUGAGUUUUCUCAAGACUCAACAUGCUUUUAUGUUCCAUAAGCAUGAGUUCUUGAUCUUUCAUGUUACAAUAACGUUCGAAACGCAACUCCAUCUCGUAUUCCUUCCUCUGAAGCUCCUCGAGUCUGGAUCUUAACCCUAGAAUCUCUUGCUGUUGAUCAUGGCCUAGAAUCUCUGUCUCUUCUUCUUCUUCUUCUUCUUCUUCUCCAUCGUUUCUUCUGAUAGAUGAUGAAGUAGACUCUUGAUUGCUUGCUGAUGAAGUCACCUCGUUAUGUUCUUUUCGAGACAUAAACCUGGCCAAGAUCAAACCAGUUCCUGAUAUUACAAGAGCAACACCAACUCUCAGAAUCACAGGCUUCAUAGCUCCUCCUCCUUCUUUGGAAACUGAACCAUCCAUUAAUAUACUUUUAUAGCCCCAAAGUGUCUCCUCGUUUGGAUUAUAUGAUAGAAGCUCAGAGUAGAGAAUUGAUUGAUUGAUAUUGAUCAGAUUAUAAUGGCUUUUAUACGAAUGUGACUUUUAUUUUAACUUUAUAACAAUUCUUUUUGUUG